AUCACCAGGUCUUGGUGCUUGGUUUUUUGUUUUGAAAAUUUUUUGAUUCAUUUCCUUGCGCGCUUGUCGAUGUAAGAGACUAUGGUCUAGGACGGUCCAUAUAUGUCGUUUGAGAUACCACCUGCCAACCACUCCGUGUGACCUUCGAUCGGUAUAUCUAUCGACGAUUCUUUUCUGUAUCCAGUGACCGCUUAAUCACCGUGGUUUCUUGCCUUAUAAGACCGGCCAGUGUUCGACUUACGCUCUUCGUUCCCAAAAGUACCUCACUCAUUGCCCGGGAAACGAAAGAUGGGGCCCUUGGAGGCUCCCUCGUCGCCUGCCUUUCCAGUCCUGGACCCUAUCAUCUUGGGCGACGACAUGGAGAAUGCCUACCGGGAUACCGACAUGGAUUUUCUCGACCCAUCGAGGCUACAGAUGUCAUCUGAGCGUGCCGGCCGUGAUCUUGACACUUUCUACUCCGGAGGUCCGUCUCCACGAACCAUUUCCGCAGACUCUGAGUCAGCAUGUUUGUCCCCGUCGGAGGUAUCGGGCAUCAAGGAUUACCAAGGGCAGGAUCCCUUGAGACAUCGUCGUGUCUUCGCCGCAGACUCACCCGCCGAUUCUCCCGAGAAUUCGACACGAAGCUCUUCGUCGGAAUCACCGCCAAAUCAUUUCCGUAACCCAUCGAUGACUUCAACAGGUUCCGCUGCCAACACCGAGAGUACAAUGCUUCCGUUUGGAUAUUCCGAGGAAUGGGUAAACCCCGACUUCGUGUCUAUGCGGGAACAUAUGCUCUUCGGAUUAGAUUCCACCACGCUUCCCGGAGACGCCGAUAUCGAAUCGAGCAACAAAGUCAUGGAUGCUGCCUUCGAUUUUGAAAGCGCUGCUAGCAGUCCAAGCCCGUUGAAAAUGGACGCUCCGACAAAUCCUAAAUCCUACAGAAAAUCCAAGAAUGCCACGGUCCUUGCGAAGCGGUCUGCGGAACGUAUGGUGACGUCUCCCCUUCCUAUGUCUGGUUUGCCAAAUUUCCCUCAUGGCCUCCCAACCAGCUCCUUGUUUACCAUGCCCACUUCCUCAGCCCAAGUCAAAUCGGUUCCCAGCAAGUGGGAAGGACAGUCUCCCUCCUCGAUCUUGGAGGAAAGUUUCGGUGGUAUCAAUAUGAACGGCAGUUCCCCCUUGCAUCCCUCCAUGUCUCCCAAUCUUAAUUUUGGGCCCAAUACCUUUUCUUUCGGGAUGAAUUUUGCGCCGUCGCCUCCCCAAGUCAACACUAAAUCGGAAAACUCUCCUCGUCAUGUCCUUACUGUGCAUCCUACCUCCCUCAAAUCGAGGGUGGAGACGCAGAUUCCUAUCAAGCUUACGUUGUACCCAUUACCCGCUGGCGUGAAGAAGCUGCGCUUACCCAGCCACACCAUUUCUAAGCCAAAGUUCUUGACCCGCGAGCCCGUUGAGCGCUCUGCAGAGAUUCUCGAGUUGCAUACGAGCCUGGUAUGUACCAGUGCGAUGCGGGACCCGGAGAAGCUCAAGAGAGCAUUCGCAAGGGCGCGAGGCGAAGUUGUCGGCCGCUCUUCUAGCUCGAGCCCCAAGUCAUCGGAUGCUUCCCAGGAAGAGGACGAGGACAAGCCCUUGGAGGGUGGGGAGGUAAAGAUCUGCAGCGGAUGCAUACAACGGGAGCGGAAGCGAGCAUCACGGAAGAAGCAGAGAAAGCCCGAAGAGGAUGAGCUGUUUCGAAAAGAUGAAGAAAAAAGAGUCAUCGUCUUCAACACUAAUGAAAUCAAAGAAUGGAUUGAGCCAUCUACGAGCGUUGUAUCCAGUUUCGCGGAGACUACGAUGCCCAUGAUCCCUGCGGGAGCAAUGCAAGUGGAACUGCCUAUGCGGAUAGCUUGCUAUUGCAGGCAUCAGGCCGAAAAACUCGGUUUCCAGGUCAUCUUCACUAUCAAUGAUCAUUUGGAUAAUGUUAUUGCGCAAGCCAUAACAAAUUCUAUCAUGAUCACCGACGAUCAUAAAACCCAUGCUCCCUCGGCCCCUCCGGUUCCUGCACUGCCUGAUGGGACACAAUUGCCCGGUGCUGGCGUGUUCUCUUCAGGACAGGGCCUUAAUGCCUCCAAGGGACAAAAGACUUCUUCUACCCAAACUUCAUACCGGCCGUCGCAUUCCACCACCGAUUUGCACGGCCUUCAGCAAAGAUUUAACCCCCAAUACCCGCAGACCCCGAGCCCCUUUGCAGUACCUCAGACUUCGGCCACUAGCACGUCAACUUCCCACACACCGCGGAAUCUGUCUAGACAGGCUUCACCGACUGAUUUCCAAGGGCCUUCCAGCAAGCGGCGCAAGCACAGUGGCUCAGGGAAAUUGCCGUCGGAAUUGACCAUGACGAAACUUGAACCAGGCCAGUCUUCUAGCCUGCCUACGUCAGCUUCGUCCGUCGUCAAUGGUGCGCCCACUGCCUCUAGCCAUACGUUUGGCUCGCCUACAGAGAGACCUUUUGUGACAUCACUGCCUGUAGCCGGGCAGUUCACGAGCGGCCCGCCCACUCCAAACAGCAGUGAUGUCAGUUCUUUCUUCAACACAGCCGCUCAGCGUCAAACCUUGGACAGUCUUGUCAAUCAGCAAAUGAUUGGAACACCUAACUCAGGUCACAACAGCCGCCCCGGGUCCCCGGGAGGAUCGCUUCGCAAGAGCUUUCAGGACCAAAGUUUCAACAUGGCUGUUGGUCCAAGCGCAGCCAGCCAUAUAUGGCCUCCUCUCACCAAUGCUGGAAACCGAUUGCCAUCUGUUAUACAUAAAUUAGUCCCUGCCGAAGGGUCUAUCACUGGGGGAACAGAAGUGACACUGCUGGGAAGUGGCUUCUAUCCCGGAAUGGAGGUUGUCUUUGGCGAUACUCUUGCAACGACUACUACGUUUUGGGGCGACAAAUGUCUCAAUUGCCUUACCCCACCAGCGCUUCACCCUGGUCCAGUUCCAGUUGUCUUCAAGCAUGAACAUCCAACAUUUGGGCAGGUCCAGCAACAGCAGCUUCUUAUGCCGAAGCAGCAGUUGUUCUUCCGCUACGUCGAUGACCGUGAGCUUCAGAUGUAUCGUCUUGCUCUUGGCAUUCUCGGGCAUAAGCUAGGAAACCAAGCAGACGCCUUUCAGACAGCACGGCAAAUAAUGGGUAGUGAUCCCAAUUCUCUGUUCAGCCUUCAAAAGGAUUAUCAGGGAGGCUCUGGUGGCCAUCAGCGUCAAGUCCCAGGUCUAAAUUCCCAGGGGACGUUAAGCGAGUUGGACUCCAGGAUGUUGACCUACCUUGAAUUCCUCGAUCUGGAUGACAACCCACGUCCGCCGAAAUAUAAUUCACGUUGUGCCACAGGGCAUACCCUCCUGCAUUUUGCCUCUUCGUUGGGACUGACUCGAUUCGUUGCGGGACUCCUCGCGAGAGGUGCCAACCCGGAGGUACAAGACAACAGUGGUAAUACGCCCAUGCACCUCGCUGCCUUAAGUGGCUAUGCACAUAUUGUUCAUAGGCUCCGGCUAGCUGGCGCGGACGCUAAUACUCGUGACAUUCGUGGAUACACGGCUGCUGAUCUUGCAACAACUCUACCAGCCCAUCAGGCGGCACUGAUCCCAUCGCGUCGCUACCGAUCGCGCAGCGUCGGGUCGUUGGCUUCCUCGCGACGUAGACACAGUUCUGCUUCACUUAGCUCCAUGCGUGGAGCUUCUUCAAUUUCAGGUUCUUUGGAUUAUUCUUCUGAAGACUCUGACGACGUGGAUGAAGGCUCUAGUUCAGAAGCUGGAUCUAAUGCUUAUUAUGCACAAUCACGGAGAUCAAGCAUCCAUCAAGAUCUGAGCUCGUCACAACUGUAUUCACAUUCUCGGGAGGGAAGUGUACAACCUACUGCGACUCCUACAGAGCAAGCAGUGCAACCAGACGAUGCUCGGGGCUUCUCUCCGCCUGCGGCCAUAAUUGCGUGGCGCAAUCAACUCGCUGCUCAAAUCAAUCAUUUUCAGCAGAGUGUCGCAAACGCCUUCCCUAACAUGCCUGCUCUGCCUCCUAUGCCCACUCUGCCCGACUACCAGGCUCAUCCGAUGAUGCGCCGGAUUACAAACCUUGUUCCCCAUCGACCUAACACUGCCCGGUCGACGAAGGAGGGCUGGUGGGACCUCUUGACGGGCAAUUCCACGCCGAAUAGUAAUACUCAGCCUCCAUCUUACGACGAGCUCUACCCACACGGCGAAAGGGAGAAGAACGCAUCGCAGGUGAAGAAGCAGUCGCUUGUUCGAGCGGCGACAGAGACAGCGCUAGAUCGGUAUUUCGAGUCUCAAGAAGGGAGAUCCACAACAGUCGGGGCAAGGGAAGAGAUCAAGGAUAUUACAAUCGGCAGGAAAUCGAUUUCGAAAGAGCAACAGAAGCAGCUUCGGGAACAACAGGCCCGAAGAAUGAAAGGACUUGCCAGCGAUCGCAAAUUGUACUUCUUUUGGAUUCCUGUUCUGUUACUUGUUAUUUUUGCUUGGGCAAAGAAUUUCGUCCCGGGUAUCUGGCAUGGGGUUUCUGAGGGUUAUGAGUUUGUGAAGGCUCGCUAUUCAACGCGGGUCGUGAAUACCAAUGUCUAAGGUUCUUUACGUCAACUUCUUUUUUUUUUUUUUUUUUUUUUUUUUUUUUUGUUCUCGCUAUAUUUUAUUUGGGGAGGCGUCUUAUUUCUUGCCAUGAGCACGUCGAAUCUAAGCAUUGUUUUGUUUUCCUUUGUGCUUGUCGCAUAAAAUGGGCAUGUGGCUUUCUUUUGUACUGGCGCAAUACUCUGACUGUGUGGGCCCGUCUCGCAGUUUUGUCCUACAAUUUCCUUCUUUUCUUUUUCUUCUGUUUCUUCGAAAGGCACCGUUUAUGUUCAGUAUUUAAUUGCCUACUAGAUAACGCAGAUAGAUAUCAUCAUUUAAUGCUGGCAACAGCCCUUCUAAGGAGAUGCCAAGGUGUGGCUUAUGCGUGGCUGUAAAAGAACGUCC